CCCAAGUCUGGGCUGGUCAAGGGCUCAAGGCACCCACCGAAGAUGGAGUACGAGAACAAACUCGUACUUGCUCCUAUGGUUCGGGUUAUAUUACUUACGGCGAGGAAAUUAUUGAUCACAAGCUUGUCAAGUGCGAGCGCCGACUCAAUGGUAGAAACACAAUUGAACUGCCUUUCUUCUUGACGAUAAGAAACUGAGUUGAUCAACUAUUCAAAUUUUACCCUGGGAAUGUGGGAUUAGUGUUCUUUGUUAUUGGAAGGCUAUUCAUGCUCGUCAUCUGUUGAGAUGGCUUAUUGGUAUUGAUGGACGGUCAUGGUUAUGAGUUGAUGACUACAUCAGCAACCCAAAAUUAUAUUUGGAUCUGAGAACUCCACAGAGAGUAAAAUUAACGCGUUGAAAGAGAGUGAUAUGCAAGAGAAGCUCUAAAUUGAUUUGGUAUGACAAGAGCUCAGCGUGAGAAGAAAAAACAAUAAGAAAAGAUCCUGUCGGACAUAGUGUAUGGGCUCUCCUUUUGGACUUGUAUUCAUGACAAAUGGUGUUUUCAUUGAGAGGCUAUUGUCAUGGAAAGGACAACCAACAAAGGGUUUUAACCGGUAGGAGGCUGAGUAAAGUAUUGUGGAAUGGAGCCUCCAGGGACAUUAGUUCUUGAAUGGGAUGGCAUUAUCAAGCCUUACAAAUUGCGUGGGGUUCAUAAAACUCAUUGGAUCCACUGAUUUUGUGGAGAAAGGAACACAGAGUGUUGUUUUCAGAACCUGCAAUGAAGAGAAGAACAGGGUUGUAUGUCAAUUAGGAACAUCUGAUGCUGUGAGGGCCCUAACAGCUGCUCAGUUAGUGUGUGAUGAUGUUGCUGCAAUAGAUAUCAACAUGGGUUGCCCUAAGUCAUUUUCUGUCAGUGGGGGAAUGGGUGCUGCUUUGUUGACUAAACCAGAAGUUAUUCAUGAUAUUUUAACAACACUGAAGCGGAACUUGAGCAUUCCUGUGACAUGUAAGAUUCGACUUCUAAAGUCAUCUAAUGACACGGUGGAAUUAGCAAGGCGAAUUGAGAAAACUGGUGUUUCAGCACUUGCUGUCCAUGGAAGGAGAGUCCCAGAUAGGCCCAGAGAUCCUGCUAAGUGGAGCGAAAUUGCUGACGUUGUAUCAGCACUAUCCAUUCCUGUCAUAGCAAAUGGAGAUGUCUUUGAGUACAAUGAUUUUCAACGCAUUAAAUCUGCUACAGGUGCAUCGUCCAUGAUGGUUGCCAGAGGGGCACUCUGGAAUGCUUCAGUAUUUUCACCUAAAGGAAAAGUUUCUUGUGGAGAACUGAAAAGAGAAUAUAUUAGGAAGUGCAUCUUAUGGGACAAUGAUAUCAAAAGCACCAAGCAUACAUUAAAGGAAAUAAUAAUGCAUUAUUCUUGCCUAGAGCUCCCAGAGGGGAAGGCUGUGAUCAAAUCAGAAUCCCUGGCAGAUCUAGCGCGACUCUACGGGGAGGAAGACUACUAUCAAUUUGUCAAUGAGAGCAGAAUUGCCGGCGGAUAUAGAUAAUGUUGGUCGCAUGUUCAAUUAGUUGUAUUAUUAUGUUUUGUUAGAAAAUAGAAAAUUUCUUACCUGAAAACAUGAAAAACAAAAACAAAAAUAGGACCAACCAACCGAUCAGGCGUUAUGUUUCUUAAAAUGCCGCUAUUUUUUGCCAGCUGAUGAUGUUUUAGCUGUCUGAAAGGCAGGGAAGAGAAGUAGUAAUACGUUGUCUUUUUUUACGUUAUUGUUAUCAUUCACGUACCUUUGAAGGCGCCGAAAGAAUUGGAACAGGACACCGGCAAUUAGAAAUCCUGUUUUAGGGAUCGGGACAGAGCUGGCGAGUUUUGAGGUUCUCGCUCUAUUUUAUUUUUGCUUUAUAGUUUUGGCCUUUGGGACAUUUGUUAUACGUCAACCCAUCGACAUUAUUAUUAUUUUGGCACUUGUUCUAUCUUCAAGACAUCAAAUUAUUCUGAAA